CAAAACAUUUCGAGAAUUUCUCCGAGACGGCUGCGGAAGGAGGAUCAGUCGGUCCGGGUGGCUUCGUUCGGUGCAUUGAAAAGACAGGGCGAAACAGCCUUUGCACGCUUUUCCUUAACGCGGUCCCAGCCAGGAUAAGAGAGCUGCAUGUGAAGGGUCCUUAGGGCAUGACCUAGUUCUCGGUUUGAUUGUUCCAUGGGGAAGAUACUGCUCAAAACUAAGGCUCUGAUCCUGCAAACACCUGUGCAUCUGCUUAACUUUGUAUAUUUCUCUCACUGUCCUUGAAGACAUUCUGGAAGCUGUAUAUUGAUCUUUCAUUUACUGCAAAGCUCUGUGGAAUCAAGUUAUGUCAACAGCUGCUUUAAUUAAUUUGGUUAGAAAUGGAGGGUAUCAAGUGAGAAGGAGAGCGCUGCUGACAUCCCGCCUCUUGCAAGACGACAAACACUUGACUGCCGUGUGCCAGAGCUCCACCACAGAACGCAGGGCUUCCCGCUUCGAUCCAGACGGCAGUGGGCGUCCAGCCACAUGGGACACUUUUGGUAUCUGGGACAAUCGCAUUGAUGAGCCCAUACUCCUCCCACCCAGCAUAAAGUAUGGGAAGCCGAUUCCCAAAAUCAGUCUGGCCAAGGUGGGCUGCGCAAGCCAGAUUGGAAAACGGAAGGAAAAUGAGGACCGGUUUGAUUAUGCUCAGCUGACAGAUGGUGUCCUGUAUUUUGCAGUGUAUGAUGGGCAUGGCGGGGCUGCAGCAGCUGAUUUCUGUGCUAAGUACAUGGAAAAGUACAUUCAAGAAUUCCUUUCUCAGGAGAAGAAUUUGGAAACUGUGUUGACCAAAGCUUUUCUAGAAAUAGACAACGCAUUUGCGAGGCAUGCUCACUUAUCUGUUGAUGCAACCCUGCUGAACGCUGGGACCACUGCAACAGUGGCCCUGUUGCGAGAUGGUAUUGAACUGGUUGUGGCCAGUGUUGGGGACAGUCGUGCACUAUUGUGUCGAAAGGGAAAGGCCCUAAAACUCACCAUUGAUCAUACUCCAGAAAGGAAGGACGAGAAGGAAAGGAUAAGGAAAUGUGGUGGCUUUAUAGCGUGGAACAGUGUGGGUCAGCCCCAUGUGAAUGGUAGACUUGCAAUGACACGGAGUAUAGGAGAUUUGGAUCUUAAAAACAGUGGAGUAACAGCAGAGCCAGAAACUAAAAGGGUUCAGUUGCAUCAUGCAAGCGAUAGCUUCCUGGUCCUUACGACAGAUGGCAUUAACUUCAUGGUGAACAGUCAAGAGAUAUGUGACUUUAUUAACCAGUGCCACGAUCCCCCGGAAGCAGCCCGUGUUGUGACUGAGCAGGCUAUCCAGUACGGUACUGAAGAUAACAGCACUGCUGUCAUAGUACCAUUUGGAGCGUGGGGAAAAUACAAAAACUCUGAGGUCAACUUCUCAUUCAGCCGCAGCUUUGCCUCAAGCGGAAGGUGGGCAUGAGGACCUGCUGGAAUCAGAUUUGCUGUGCAGUAACCUGUAUGUCGCAUGCUACAGGAGAACACAUCUUGCCCAUUUAUUUUUCUCUCACUAUUGUACAAAAUAGUAAGCUUACUGCUUUCUGGGUAACAAACCCUAAUCAUGCACAUGUCCCAUUUUAAUUGAUGUUUUCAGAUUUUAGGCAGGUGUUCAUUUUACUGACUUGUUUUGUUUCCAAUCCCAGAAGAUGAUGGGUAGUCCUGUGCAGAUGGACUGGGUGCAGGGCAGUAAUCAAUACAUGUUUUGUGGUGACUGAUUUAUCCAGUUCUCUGUGAACGAUUGCUACGCUGGAUAGACUGAGCCCUGUGCUCCCCCCGUGCACAAAACACCAGGGAGAGGAACAAACACGUAAUCAUGAGGAGACAAAAGGUGCCUGUUUUGUCUUCCACUGUGUCACAGCCACCAAAAAAUCCUGCGCUUCAGGAGAAGCAUGUGAAAAGUAGUGGCAUGGCUAGAGAGGAUUCAGGAAGAGGCUAUUCUAUGCAGCAAGCUCCUCUGACACAAUAGUGUAAGUUUAGCCCCAAAGUCCUGUCUAAAUUAAUGCUGCUAAGCAGAACAAUACCUUGACCUCUAAGCUCUGCAAGUCGAAGUAUGUGCAGGCCAGGAGCCAAACAUGCAUGGCAGCCAAGGCAGAUAUGCUGCCACUGGGGGCAGAGGAGAUUCCCUACAAUGGCCUGGAGUUUGUGAGGUCUCUGCUGUCCUAGGUCUCUGGCCAAUGUGGGAUUUGGAGGCCACAUUGCAGUCCUCUUUGUAAACCCCUGGCACAGUUUCACUGAGAGGGACAUGAAGCUGGUCUACAGGGUUGCAAAAGGCUGCGUAUUUUCAAAUGAAGGGGCACUGUGAAUUUGAAUUCCAUUUCUUAAUGAUUUAAUUUCUAACUAUUCCAUUUUCUAGUUGAGCUCCCUGGAAACAGCGCAACAGGAAUGUUUUAAUUCUUUUAAAAAAUGAGAAAGGGCUUUUGUGCUCUCCAGAAAAGCCAGUUGCUAGUUGACUGCGUACAGGAUGCCAUCACGUGCACAAAGUAAACUGGAAAAAGGGGAGUGUCAUGGGGCACAACACUCACCACUGAACUGGUACCUCCUCCUGGUCGCUCUGGGGAUUAGCUCAAGGAUGACAUCCCCCGUCCACGGUUUGCACCCUGUCACUCUGUCUCACUUCUGCUGGGAGUCUUUCCAGGAACUGCCACAUCCUCUUCAGCUGCCCUCCAGCCAUGUCACUGCCUGUGUUUUCCUCUUCCAGGAGCUAGUACCUUGCAGUCUAUUCAUCCACCCAUUUCCAUCAGUGGCAAAUGUGGGGAACCCAGACCCAUCUACUAUUCCAGGGACCCUGUAGUUGGCAGCCACAUGCUGCCUCCCCUCUGACUGUUCAGUACAUUUCCCUGGGCCACUUCCUUGUUCACCUUUACUUCAGGGCCCCUGCUGCUCAGUCCCUGCAGACAGCUAGGUGCUCUCUCACUCCGGUCCCUGCCAGCAGC